ACUGUACAUUUUAGCCAGACCUAUGCGGAUUCACAAAAGUAUUUAUUUUUGUAAAUCGUUUAUUUAUUUACAUAAAUUUCAUCACAAUGGCGUCUACGUCCAAAGAUAAUACUAACAAUUGUACUGCAGAGCAAAGUAACGUAACCGAUACUCUGGAGCCUGGCGCAUGUUCUGAAAGUAUCCUGAAUCCUACAGAUUCAUUUGAGGAGUUUGCAUCUGAGAUGAGCUCUAGUCUUCAGGAUAGAGACAGUUCUUUAACAGCAAAAGGUAGUACUAUAAGUGAAAUUCAAAGUGAAAUCGGCGAAAGUUCUAAAGAAAAUGCCCAAAUGAAAAAUACAAAAUCAAGUGAUGACUUACAAAGUAAAGAUGGGGCAAUGUCAGCAUCAGCUAGCAAUUCCAACUUAACAGAACAGAAUGGUGUUGAUGAGGAUUGUGACAAUGAAAAAGAUGAUUAUUUACAAUCACCAGAGCUGGUGAAUAAGGAAAAACAUGUAUUCAUACUAAGUUCUGCUGGAAAGCCUAUUUAUUCAAGAUAUGGAAAUGAGGACAAACUAGCAGGACUAUGUGGAGUAAUUCAAGCACUGGUCAGUUUUAUAGAAGAACAAAACCAAGAUAUAUUGAGAUCUAUCAAUACUAAAGACUGCAAAGCAGUAUUCCUAGUCAAGGGACCUUUAAUACUGGUUGCCGUGUCAAAGUCUAAUGAGAGUGAAACACAGUUGGUUUUACAAUUAACAUAUGCAUUCAACCAAGUAGUAUCAAUGUUGACACUGACCCAGUUAAAUAGAAUAUUUGAACAAAGGAGGAACUAUGACUUGCGAAGAUUGUUGUCAGGCGUCGAGAGAUUGAUUGACAACUUAUUGGUAUUUAUGGAGAAGGACCCUGCAUUUUUAUUAGGGGCCGUGAGAUGUUUACCAUUACCAGAAAAAGCAAGAGAGAAUAUAACAAACGCAAUAAUUUCAGCAUGCAAUAAGAUAAGAGAUCUGGUGUUUGCCAUAAUGAUUGCUGGCAAUCAACUAAUUACUCUAGUUAGAAUGAAGAAAUAUACAUUGCACCCAUCGGACAUACAUCUCUUGUUCAACUUGGUUCGCAGUUCGGAGUCCUUUAAAACUGCUGAAAGUUGGACGCCAAUAUGCUUGCCCAAAUUUGAUGCUACAGGCUUCUUACACGGUCAUGUAUCUUACAUAUCGGAGGACUGCCAGGCGUGCCUGCUACUACUAACGGUGCAACGCGACGCAUUCUUCCCACUAUCACAAGCCAAACACACAAUAGCCGAAAAACUAAGACGGUCAAACUGCUUGGUCGCCAUAAACGACGCUCUCAAUAGAAACGAAGAAUUACCUACUACAAAUCCUUUAAAACAUAUCGGCAUACCGGAAAUAAGACAUUUUAUGUACAAAUCCAAGUCAACCGCUCAGUUGUUUACUUCAGAUCCUAUAAGUCUGGACCGAUUGCAAGAUUACAGGACAAGACACAAAGAAGGUGGUGAUAUUACUGUGAAGAAAAUAGAAAAAUUAUCGGACAUAGAUUACGUACGGAAUUAUAGGAAGUUUUGCAGUCAAAUACAUUGCACUUCGAUACCGGCUAAACUAAUUUUUAGAUCCAAUUCACAUGAUACCGUUAUUGCUUGGGUGACGAAUGGUUUCGAAUUAUACGUAACAUUCGACCCCUUAAUGGAGAAGGAUCAAGCCAUCAGAGCGGUAGACCGACUAAUACAAUGGAUAAAGAAAGAGGAACAUCGGAUCUUCAUAAUGAACGCGCCCACCUUCUAGCCAAAGUCGUUAGUGCCGUCAUUAGCUGGCAUUAUGAAGACCUACAACCGAAAUGAGCAGUGAGCUUAGGUAAUAACAUUUAGACAGAGAUAUCAUAACGUCAGAUACAGUAUAUAUCCCUGGUUAAUUUUAAACUUUCGCAAUUGUUAAGUAAAUAUGUGUAAUAUUUGAAUUCACGAUCGGGAUAACGCGAUGCGAGUACAGGUAAAUAGUACCUACUUACCUGAUUUUAUUGGUGACGUUUCGAAAUGGAUUCGACCACAUGCUGCUCGCAUUAUUAGCAUUACGUAGAGUUAAGUUCCGAUCGUAAAUUGAAAUAUAUAUCCUCCAAAUAAAAAAAAGGAACUUUUUUUAAAACUAGCGUGCUUUUAAAAUUGUGUUAAUCUUAUAAUUAGACACUUUCAUCAUGCAAACUAUCAUUUUAUUUAUUCAUAUUUGAAUAGCUAGAUGCUCAGUAUGAAAAAAACUUCGCGUCAAUAAAAGUUGAUUCUCCAUUUAAAUGUAUAUGAUGUAAGUAAGCAAUAUAAUUGUUUGUAUAUAUUAAAAUCGUGUUUUUAUGAUGGCCUUCGUGGGUGUAAGCUUCUAGAAUGAUCUAGCUUGUUUUUAACUUUAUAAUUACUAGCGUUUAUUAUUGACGAUACCUUCAGCUGAAAUUAUAUAUUUUACUAUUCUAAAUAAACCGUUAACAUCCCAUAUUUGAUAAUAAAAUGAAAUAUUUACGUCAAAAUUUUACAACAAAUAUAAUUUUACAAUGGUAUUUGAAAUGCAUGUUACAUUUUACAUCAGAGAUAAGAAUACAUGGCACUAUGAUUUAAUGAAUGAGUUAAAAGUGAAAUAAACUGAUUUUAAAUCAAAUAUACCCAAUUAUAUACUACAAACAACGAACAUCUUGUAAACAACUUCAGCUUUCAUUGCUGUCUCUUAACAUAUCCAAAAUACAAAAUAGUAGAUAUAAAAAAAAAAAAACAAGUACCUAAUUUGUUUUUCCCGUAUUUAUACAAAAACAUCAUCAGCACAUUGCGAUUGCGAUUUUUUCUAGACAACUUAUUGUCAUUGUAAUUUGUGGCGCCGUCUGAAUCUAAUUCAAGUUUAAGACUAUUAUUUUAUUUUACUUUAUCAAUUAGUGUUUACAUAGUAAAAUAUAUAAUCUCUGAAAAGUUGCUAUUAUAACUGAAAGGUUGUUUAAUGGAUUAAAUACGAGACAUGCUGUCUUAUUUUUUAUGCAUCUUAGAAAGUCUUAACUGGAAAGCAAUAAAGAUUAAUUUACUUCGCCAAUGCUGUAGAAUAUUUUAGAAAUAUAAAUUUAUUUCACUUGUCUACAAUGUGGGAUGUGUUAUUCAUGUUGUAAAUAUAUAUAUAAUUGCAAGUGUAUAAUUGUAAUAUACUAGUUAGUUUUUCAUUUCAUUACUUCAGCCAAGAUGCUAAUUGGAAAAACGGUUUUUUUCUAGCUGUAUUGUUUAAACAAUAAUACAAAUAAAUAAUUAUGUGGAUAAUUUUCAACUUAUGAGUCUUUGUAUUUAUAAACAAGUUUGAAUCAUUUUUAUAAUGUUACAUUACAAUCAACAUUUAUGAAAAUUGUAAAGAAAGUUAAUCACAAUUGCAUUGGUAUAGACUGUGGCAGGACUCUCAAUAUUUAAACCUUAAAACCUCAUUAUUAAAGUUCCUAUUCCUAAAAGGAAAAGUACUAUUGAAAUGAAAAUAUCCUAUUUUAAGUCAAUUGGGAUAUGUGAAUUUUCUUUUUUUUUAUACUGGCUUUGUCUUUAUAUUUAUAGCCAAUUACAAAUAUAUAUAUAUAUAUAUAUAUAUAUAUAUAUAUAUAUAUAUAUAUAUAUAUAUAUAUAUAUAUAUGGAAAUAUACACAUAUACUAUAUUUUUAGAAUUGUUCGGAUCGAUACCUGCUGCUAAUUUUCACCACCAUACAACCGCCACACACUAAAGUUCCAUUCCAACCGUCUGGAUGAGUGACGGUCCUCCACUGUACGUUUUUCAAGGCACUUUCUUCCACGCACAACCACUCUUCGAAAUCCACUUCCAACAGCAGCAUUUCCAAACCGAUACGACAUUAAAACCUUUAAGAAAAGAGCAUUUUCCUUUUUAAAUGGCCGGCAGCACACCUGCAAUGUCACUGGUUUUGCGAGUGAUCAUGGGCGGCAGUAAUCACUUAAUAUCAGAUGAGCCUCAUAGUCGUUUGCCCCUGUGUUAUAAAAAAAAUUGUUUGGUGAUACCAUUUUGACAUUGACAUUUAUCAAUUAAAAGUACCUACCUAAUUAACUUGAAAUAGGAGGAAAUUCUCAAUUCACCUGUAUUUUUUGUAUUUUACGUGAUAGUUUGUUCAUUCUGAACGAUUUAGAUUAUUCAUUUUUAAAUCAAAACUAUGUAUUCCCCUGUUAAAAUUGAAACUUUCUUUUCUGGAACAAUUUUUUUUAUGUUCUCUGAAGUUUGUACAAUUACAUAAUAUUUUUUUUAUUCGUUUCGAUCUCUGUGGCUCACUCAUUUUAUGUAAUAAUUUUAAGUCGAUAUAAACUUAUGAAAUGCAAAUAUUUAAUAUUACUGUGAGAUAUUAAGCCGAACCAGAAAAAUAAAACUUCUCCCUAAGUUACGGAUCCUUUGAAAACAUUUCUUUUACUAGCAACAUUCAAAUGUAGACCGGAGUAAGGCUCUGAGGUUUAUUAUCGCCAAUGAUGAUGACUCUCAGACACCAACGAAUGUCUUCCAUCAGAAUCUACCGGCAGAUAUAGAUAGAUACGUUUUCGUUACUUCUUACAUAAGAAAGACCAAGACGUCAGAUGUCACUCUCUCGUUAUUUUACAUACAUGCGAUAGUAAAAACUAAUCUAUGUAGCCAUAGCGCUUCAAUCGUGUAUCUUCGACAACGAACACCGAUACAUUAAAUUGCAUACAAUUUACUAAUCUCGGCCAAAUUUCUUUAAAACGUCGACAUAACGCCGCUAUCCAGUUACCGAAAAUACGCUACCGAUGAUAUUGAAUAUGGCGCUAGCCUACUUGUAGAUACGAUUACGCUAUCACAUACACUUUAUUUCAUGCAGUAGUAUAGACAUAUCUAUAAAUAGAUAGAUUUAACACUUGCCUGUCAAUUGCGACACCAUCAAUACAGUUUUAUAUUUCUGGCCAGGCUUUAGAUAAAUAUGUUAAUGUUAUUUAGUAAAAAUUGAUAAAAUUUUAGUGUAAUUACUCUGUACCUGAUAUUGGACUAUGUAGUUAAUAUCAUAAAUACUAAAUGGUAAUGAUUAUAUAUACAUAUUUUAAGAACAGUUUAUCAUUACGUAUUACAGAGCUGUCCAUACCAUGGCCCACGGGCCACAUGCGGCCUGUGGCUUGAAUUGAUGUGGCUCGCCAAAUUUUUUCUAGCUACUAUGAAUAUUGAUAUUGACAAAAUAGAAAAACAUAAGUUAAUGAAAAAAUUAUAUAUUAUAGCUGCAUUUUGUUCUUACAAAUAUUUAGCGGUCCCCCAACGAAUUUUUAUUGGCCCUAGUUUGAACAGCCCUGACAUAUCGUCAUAGUCGUAGAAUACUGACGGAACUUUGUAUGUAAUAUUCGUCAGAUCCGUCAGUAUUCCACGACUAUGACGAUAUUACAAGCACCAGUCUCCACAACACCGGUCACAUAUAUUUCAUUGUAGCUUAAUUUGUUAAUUUUACAUUUCGUAUAAAGAAACAAUAAAUCAUUCAUUCAUCAUUAUUUCCAUUACAUCUAUCAACCAUUACUGAUUAUUUUCAUACAAAAUGCUCGCUUGCCUGCGAAUCGUUAGCACUCAAGUUAUGUAUCUACCUAUUAAAUAUAUAUACAUGAUCAAUAUUAAUUUUAUUAAUUUCAGUGAAAGAUCGUAUGUACAACUAUGUAUUUUGUUAUAGGUUAGAUUUAGGUAUAUCAAGCCGUCCUUGGCUUUUGUUUUAGUCUCUGAAUAUAAAUUUGUAUAAUUAUUUAUUGGCAAUAAUACCUAAUUAGUUGCUAAACGUACAAAUUAAUUAAUGGGAAAAGAUCCCAUUGAACUAUGAAAUUUCUAAGACCCUUAAAAAUCUGACUCUGAAAGUCAGUUCUAUGUGUCGAUUCUAUAUAUCUGAGCCUGAAGAUAGCUAUGUAUAUUUAUACACACCGGUCUCUCUAGACAAAUCGCAAACGAAUCUAUAUAAAAUAGAAAUAAUUGCCAUGCCUAAUCGAUAGAUACGUGUACACUGCUGUACACGCGAUCCUACAAGACAUCGACAUCCUUUUCUUCUUGUAUGUCCAAUAACAGAGACUGGUAUUCACCGAUACAUUUGCACCUUCUCUAAAACGAUAAAUAGUUAUGCGCCAAUUUCUGAGGAUUUUGCAUAAAUAAUUUUGUUUCAUAUGUUUGUAAGUGAGGAACCAUAGAGCCGCUAAAAAUAUUCAUACGUUUUCAAACCGGUCUUAAUAGCCGACUGUAGUUUAUGCUUAGAUAAAAUAACAUUAUUGUAAAUUUGCUCACAAUCUGUUCAGUAUUGCUAUAAAUUGUUAAUGAAAAUAAAAAUACCUUGUUCUAUGUAAAUAAAUUACAAUAUAUUAUUUUUAUUAAAUUGUUGUUCCGAAGA